CAGAAACAGUGGCUGCCGUGUUGUGUUUUUAGAACCAUGUGGUAGCUGUCUCGUGGUCCUGAUUCCUCUGUUAAAUUUCGUAAAAUUGUGUAGUGUUUACCGUUAACUGGCUCAUUUGGUUAGUUACAAGACGUCUUAAAACAACAGUGACCCUUUCACCAUGAGGUAAUUUUUACUAGUGCGACCCGUGUCAAGAAAUAUUCUUAAAAGCAUUGGCUAACCUAUCGUAUUGAUACAGAACAUUCUUCCAAGACCAAAAAAGAUUUGUUGAAAAAGCGCAACAAUUCUGGGACUUUUCAUGUUGAGAACCCUAAGAAGAUGAAGAAAGCAGCUAAAAACUCUAAUUCAGAAGAGAGGGCGAUGAAGAAGAAGAAGGCACCUUUGGUGCCUGAUGAUGUUGACAGUAUGGAGAUAAAUGCUAUGAAAAGUGUAAAGCAAAAACGUCAUCUUGAUGGUGAAACCAAUGAAGGUAGUCCUCCUAAGAAGAAAAAGUUCACUCCUAAAUCGCAUGUUAAAGGCAAGCCUAAAAAUGGGUUUGGCUCUCACUCUAAGAAUCCAAAACAACCCAACGCAGCAUCUGAGAAACCAGACUGGAAUAAGUUCAAGGAGGAUAAGAAGGCCCUGCGAGAGAAGCGCCGAGCAGCUCAAAAGGCUGCUGAUAGUUACGAUGUAUCUCUUGAAGCAAAGAAAAUACUAGAAAGCAUCCGUAGUAGAAAAUGCCCUGCUACAGAACAAGUUAAACAGCUUGAAAAGUUGCACACUCUUUUGAAAGGCAAAUUACUUUCUGUAGCUUAUGCUCAUGACAUGUCUCGUGUAGUAGAGACAAUGCUGAAACUGGCUCAUAGCCAUAAAAAAGCAGAAAUUUUGAAAAGUAUCAUUCUAGAACUACUCCCUGAAGUUUUACUUAUGAGUAAACGGAAAUAUGCGAUACAUGUGGUGCGAGCUAUGAUAGCACAUUCACUUCCAUCUGAAAGAUCAGAAAUUCUGAAAAAAUUUUCAGGCUAUGUCACUAAGAUUUUAGGUCACAAGAUUGGCAAUGUAGCUUUAGCAGAUUUGCACUCAAAGAUAAAGCCUGAAGAACAGAGUAUACUUCAGAAAGAAUUGUAUGGUGGAGCUCAUAAGUUAAUAACAACAGAGCCUGUAUUAGGGCUGGAAGUAAUAUUUAAAAUAUUGCCUAACAUGAAAGAAUCAACUCUUACCAAUACAAAAGAAAUUUUAAUGGCUCUGUUUGAAAAAAAUGUUGUUGAAUCACCGAUUGUCCAUGCAGUGUUGCUAGAUUAUCUUGGUUUUGCCAAGCCAGAAGACCAAUCAGAAAUGCUUGAACUAGCUAAAAACCACAUUAAAGCUCUGACUCAGUCCAAAGAUGGUGUCCAUAUUGCUAUGAUGUGUGUGUGGUUGAGUGGUCCAAAGGCCAGGAAAAAGAUGGUGAAGGACUUGAAGGAGGGAUUUGUUUCUCUGGCUUGUGGGGAGCACACUCAUAUGCUUCUGCUUGCAAUAUUUGAUAGCCUUGAUGAUACUGUUUUGGUUCAAAAGGCAGUGUUGACAGAGCUUCUUGCUGGAGACUUGUCACCUCUCUUAAAUAACACAUACGGCCGUAAAGUCCUAAUGUAUCUAUGUAGCAGGCGCGAUCCCAAGUUGUUUACUGCACCUGUUGUUGCAACUUUAGCCCAAGGAGACAAUAAUCCGCACAGUAAAAAAGAUGCGAACAUUAGGGCUGAAGAGCUUCAGAAAUUUUCUGUUCCAUUUCUCCUUGAACAUAUAGCCCAAAACACUUCUGUAUGGAUGGAUAAUAAUGCUAAUCUACCCCUUGCACUUGCUGCUAUGAAAGCUGGAACUGGAGACAAAUUACAGCCAGCAUUGAAGGCCAUUGCCAAGCAUACUGCGAAUCCACCAAAGUCAAAGCAAAUGGGCAUAGACCUUAGAAUAGCUGACAAUACAGGAUGUCACAUGGUUUUGAAGAAAUUAGCUCAGCAUGACAAAGUAUUUGCAGAAAGUGGCCUGGCAACUUUUGGAGAAGCCCUAAUUGCUCAGCUUACUGAUCAGCACUACUUGGCAUGGUUGAAAAAUAAUCAUUGCUGCUUCCUUUUAUUGGAGAUCCUGAAAAAUGGAACAAGCGAAGUCACUGAGAUGCUGCGGUCCAAAAUUAAAAGCUUGUCAUCAAGUGUUUGGAGUAAUAAAAAGGAAGUAAUUCCAGCUGGUGGUGUGAGAAUUAAAGAACUUCUGUGAUCAUUUGUCAAUAUUAGUUUCGUGAAGAAAUGUGAAUGUUUCUUAUAUGGAAUAUCGGCAAAUAAUUUUCAAUUUUCGACAUUAUUUUAAAUUGUAGCACCCUGCUUAUUCCUGACUGAAAAUUCAUAUCUUGAAUUUUGUUAUUGUUCAUAAGACAAUAAAUUUGAUUAAUGUUA